AUGGAACCUCCACCCCGUCUUCGCCGACAGGGGGAGAAUGUUGUAUGUCGGCUACACAAAUCUCUAUAUGGUCUUAAACAGGCAUCAAGAAAUUGGUUUCUUACAUUUUCAGAAACUAUUCAAAAGGCUGGUUAUGAACAAUCAAAAGCCGAUUAUUCUCUUUUCUUCAAGGCUCAAGGUACUUCAUUUACUGCAAUCCUGGUCUAUGUUGAUGAUAUACUUCUCACAGGAAAUGAUCUUCAUGAAAUCGAGCGUCUCAAAAGCUUUCUUCUCAAAUGCUUCCGCAUCAAAGAUCUUGGAAAUUUGAAAUAUUUUCUGGGCAUUGAAUUUUCUCGAACACAUAAAGGUAUUUUCAUGUCUCAAAGAAAAUAUGCAUUAGAUAUUUUACAAGGUUCUGGUCUACUAGGAGCACGCCAAGACAAGUUUCCAGUGGAACAAAAUCUGAAACUUACUCCCACUGAUGGAGAAUUAUUGAAUGAUCCAACCAAGUAUAGAAGAUUAGUUGGCAGAUUGAUAUAUCUUAUGGUUACGAGACCUGACAUAGUUUACUUUGUUCGUACAUUAAGUCAAUACAUGCAUGAGACUCAAAAGCCUCACUGGGAUGCUGCUAUACGGAUCCCCAAAUACAUCAAGGGUACUCCAGGGCAAGGUUUAUUAUUCUCUUCCUGCAAUAAUCUCACUUUAAAGGCCUUUUGUGAUUCAGAUUGGGGAGGUUGUCGUGCCACAAGAAGAUCAGUUACAGGAUAUUGCAUUUUUCUUGGUAAUUCCCUUAUCUCAUGGAAAUCCAAGACACAAUCAAAGUUUCAAGAUCGUCCGCCGAAGCAGAGUAUCGAGCAAUGCGAAUCCCGUCUUCAUGAACGUACUAAACAUAUUGAAAUAGAUUGUCAAAUAGUUCGCGAAAAACUGCAAGCUGGAAUGAUUAGUCCAUCAUAUGUACCGAUACACUUCCAGUUGGCAGAUGUCUUUACAAAGGCCUUGGGAAAGGAUCAAUUUGUGACACUACGCAACAAGUUGGGACUUCAUGAUAUUCACUCUCCAACUUGA